AUGGUUGAGACAGCAGCCGAAGUUCAAGGAGGAGAAUCGGCGCGGCUACCCGCAGGACCGGAGAUCACGAAAGUAGGGCAUCAAUCGCCAUCGUUGGCAACCUUGGAGACUCCGGCGGAGGAUCCACCAAGUGCAGCGUCAUCCAUUCCGCUGGAAGCAGAAAUCCGAUCGCCAAUAGCAUCUCCUCCAUCUUCUCCUAGGGUUUCCGAGGAAGAAGCCGAAGCUCUGCGGCUGAAGUCACUUGCAGAGGAUAGGUACCGGUCAGGGGGUCCCCUCAGAUCAGCUCUCAAGUACGCCAAGAAGGCCAUCCGCCUCGCCCCCGACCUCGACGGCCUGCCGCAGAUGGUCACCGCCCUUCGCGUACUCCGCGCGCCGCCUGGUGAUCACUACCGUGCCCUCCUCAUCGAGCCCUUCUCCCAUGUCAACGUCGUCCGGCGUCAGUACAAGGCCCUCGCCCUCAUCCUCCACCCGGACAAGAACACGGCCUCCCUCUCCACAUUCCCGGGUUCUGAAGAGGCCUUCAAGCGCAUCGGCGAGGCAUUCCAGGUCCUCUCCGACCGCGGCUGUCGCAGGGAAUACGACAUAAGACUGCGCAUGGAGCUCGAGGCUUCGGCGAGGUCUAGGGAGGAGGAAGGUGCCGCCGCUGCGUCCUCGCGGAUUGAGACCUUCUGGACGGCCUGCACGACCUGCCGGCUGUUUCACCAGUUCGAUCGCCGGUAUGUUGGGCAGCGGCUUCUCUGUCCCCGUUGCAGGAAGAGUUUCAUGGCCGUUGAGGUCUCCAUUGAUGGCAACGAAAAAGGUCACAACCAUGGAGGGGGUGGUGCCAUCCCCAGCUCAAAUACGAGGGUUACGAGGACCAGGUCCGCCAGGCUUGCCGGUGAAUCGAUGUCACCUGCGCUUUUGAGUGUACCGUCGGUUUCUAGGGCUGCCAGAUCCCUUAGGCCCUCAAGAUCUUCUAGACCUACCUCCAUUCCAAGGGUUCAGGUAAAGCAAGAGAUAAGUGGGGGCAGGAAGAGGACGGUUGCCUUCGCUGGUUCACUGGAGGAAUCCAAGCCCAAGAGAGCAAAGGAGAAGACCCUUGCUGAGAUACAGAUGGAGAUCAGGAGGAAAUCCAGAACAACCCAUAGUUUAUCGAAGGCAAAAGGGAAGAAGGGAAAGAUGGGGUCCUUGACGCCUUUCAAGACACGAGCUCGAGAUUUGCGUGCAAUGGCGGUGGAGGACUCCGAUUUCUACGACUUCGACAAGCAUAGGACUGAGAAAUCCUUCAGGAAAGGGCAGAUAUGGGCGAUCUACGACGAUGACGAUGGAAUGCCGCGCCAUUAUGGAUUGAUCGAGGAGGUUUACUCUACGAAUCCCUUCAGGGUGCUGAUGAGCUGGUUGGAUAUCCAGAACAACGGGGAUAAAGCUCCGCUGCUCUGGGAGAAGAAGACGGGGCUCCACAUCUCUUCCGGGCUGUUCAAGGUUGGGAAGGAGGUUGAAAUUGACUCUGUAAACUUAUUCUCUCAUCAGGUGGAUUGUGAGAGAGCCGCCAGGGAGCUGUACAGAAUCUAUCCGAGGAAGGGAUCUGUGUGGGCGUUGUACAGAGAGGGAGGUCCCACCGGAGGAGGUGAGGGGCGGGACUACGACCUUGUCGUGCUCCUGUCGAGUUUCAGUGAGAUGUACGGAUUGACCAUGGCAUAUCUUGAAAAGCUUGAAGGGUUCAAGACCAUCUUCAAGAGGCGGGAGGUCGGCAUCCAUGCCGUCAAAUGGCUCGAGAGGAGUGAGACCCAGCUCUUCUCUCAUCAGAUUCCUGCCAGGAAGCUCUCAGAUACAGAGAUGCAGGACCUGCCUGGUGAGUGCUGGGAGCUCGAUCCCGCCUCCCUUCCCUCGGACCUGCUUCAAAUCGGCUGGAAGGGAUGA